AUGUCAAAGCUGGAGGCCUUGCUGGAAGAUGGACUCAGAUCAGAGUUAAUUCUCAAGCGGCAGUUGAAGGACCUGAGUGAGGCCCUCAAACAGCAGCUGCAGGAGACAGAGAAGAGACAGCUGGAAGAGUUGGAAAGGAGGAUUCAUCAGAACGCUCUCCUAUCAACAGAUAUACAGCAAGAGUCUGGUCAUAAAAAAGAACUAAACUGUCAGACCAAACAUGUAGGAAUCAGGAGAUCCAUUUCUACAUCAGCACUGACCACAGACAAAGAGACAUCACGUCAACUCAGACAGUCAGAGAAGACUAACUCCACUUCUCCAGCCUGGGUAUCUUCAACAGACUGGAAGCAUUGUUCAGUAAGGACAUCCACGCUGAUUCCUACCAAGACACAACAGUGUGAAAGGGCAGCAUCAUCUAAAACAACACAGAUGAGCAAAGAGGAGGAGGCCGAGGCUGAAUGUCAGAGGAAGUUCUGUGCUCUUCCGGUCCCCAGCCAUGUCAUCCAGCCCCUCUAUCAGGAGAUGAUGGAGCUGAGAGAGAAUGAGAGGAAGCAGGGUCACGAGCAGAGGAAAAACUUCUUGCUCUCCAUACAAAAACCUUUCGGCUUCCAGGGGAGAGAAAAGGAGAAAAGGGAGAAGCUGAUAGCUAUGUUAAACCAAGUCUCACAAGAUCAGAAGAACAAGGUUCCUACUGUCAAAAAACCUCACAAAGCAGAAAAGGACUCGCUAGAUACUGAACUGAAAGACCAGGACGAGGUUUGCAGGACAGAACAUGCUCAGAUGACAGUGCGACAGAAGAACUCCACUGCGUCCUGCAGCCCUAAACUUCGCACUGCUGAACGCACCAGGAAGGAAAAGCUGGGAUUCCUGGAUGAGAAGCCGAGCUUCCAGCCAAAAAUCAUCCAUCAAGUCCCUGAUUUCAGCCGGUUGCACAAGGCCUUGCAGACAGAGACGCUGAGAAACGCCCAGAGUAAAGAUGUGACAAAGUGUCAGCCCUUCUACCUCAGGACAUCUGCUCUCCCUGCAAGGCAAAGAAGGAUGAGCCCAGAAAACUCACAGGAACCAAGAAUAAGUCACCUCAGGAGAAACAAGUCACUUGGGGCCUUAACAUCACUGUCCACAGACACUCUCCCCACAUACAUCACAGAUGCUGCAAGGAAGCGCUGCAUGGCCAUCAGAAAGUCAAUGGAGAUGAGGGACAGUAAGAACCAAGAGAGUGCAGACUGGUUGAGAAGGUACCAAAUGAGGUCCCAGGCCAUGAAGAAGACGGUAGCCCUUCAUGCAAAGUUACUGGACCCACACAGCAGCUUGAAAGAAGUGUAUAAUGAAAAACUAAAGCACCAUAUGGCAGCUGACCAACAAAGGAUGAGGGAGUACAAGAGAGAGUUACGGGACAUGAAAGCACGAGUUAGUGAACGCCCUUAUUUGUUCGAACAGGUGAUACAGAGAAAUGCAAAGGCUCAUGCAGAGCAGAUAUACAGGAACAAGCUGAAGAAAGCUGGAUUUAAGGAGCAAUUUGUUGAAGAAAAUGGAGGAAAAAGCGCAGGAACAUCAGUCUCGUCCAGGUCUGAGGAUGAUGUGGACGUGAAUGACCACAGCAAUGAAAAUGACAUUCAUAGCAGGGAAGAAAAUGUAGACGACGGGGAGAAAAUUGAAGAUGUGGAAGAGGAGAGCGUGAAGUCCAAAGGGGAAGAAAUGCCAUGAUCAAAAAGGCUCAGGCGGCACAGAGUUUUUUGUGGCCUCUCCACUAGAAAACAACACUGUCCUCAAAAAUGAUUCAUGUC